CCAGAGUCCAUGCCGCUGCUCAAAACAACAUUAAGAAAACAACACAGACAGUUUUUUGUUGUAGUUUUGGCGAUUUAGUGUCGUUUAUGACACUUGAAGCAGGCUUUCAUUGAAGUAAGGUAUAAAGACAUGAUGGCUGAUGGUGAGAAUGUUGUUGAAGGGGAUGCUGAGGAGAUCCCAUCGGUCCCUGAACCACAGCUCCCAAACACUACUACAGCUGGUCGUAACCUGAGAGGAUGGCUUCAGGAGCAGUUCGGCGACAGGCCUCUGGAACAGUGUGAAGACAUGAGUCUACAUAACGCCGCCCAUGUAGGAGAUCUAGACACUCUUAAGACCCUCCUGCAAGAAGACAGCUUCAAACUGAAAAUCAAUGAGAAGUUGAUUUGGUCCUGUGGUUUGCUGCCCUGCACGCCCCUGCGCAUAGCUGCCAUGAUGGGUCACAGUGAGUGUGUAGAGUACCUGAUCUCUCAGGGAGCUGCAGUGGACCUGGUGGAUGUGAAGGGUCAGACUGCUCUGUACAUGGCGGUGGUUAAUGGACACCUGGACUGUGUGAAGAUCCUCCUGAAAGCAGGUGCUGAUCCGAACGGCAGCUUUCAUCACCGGAGCACCCCAUUAUACCACGCUGCACAAGUGGGCCGAGCAGACAUUAUACUAGAGUUGAUCAGGUUCAAUGCUGACGUUGAUAUUGACCAUCGGCUGGAUCAGAGGUCUUUGUUUGGCACCCGCACUUUGACAACUCUGGCACCCUGUCCGCUUUUCAUUAGUGCUGCUUACCACCACCUCCCCUGCUUUCGGAUGCUUCUGAAUGCAGGUGCCAACCCAAACUACAACUUCAAUGGCUCCAUAAACAGGGAAGUGCUGCUCAAGGGCCGGGCCUCCUGCAUGCUGGAUGCUGUUCUGAAACUCGGAUGCGAACCAGCUUUCGUUAGUUUGCUCCUGGAUCACGGUGCUGAUCCUUAUCUAGUCCCCUGGGAGGAGCUCGAUCCUGACACCAUGGUUCGCUUAAAAGUCAACACUGAAGCCCUUCGUGUCUACCAGGAGGCCAAAAGAAACCCGAGGAGAUUGAUGAACCUGUGCCGCAUUGCUAUCCGGAAGAUCAUGGGCAAGAAGCGUCUAUCGUGUAUCUCUUCCCUUCCACUGCCUGAAACGGUCAUAAAAUUUAUGUCUCACAAGGACUGACGCAGCUCUGCUUCUCCAUCAACUACUUACAUGGAAACCAAUGACUUCCACAAGACGGCCAGCUGUGAUGGCAAGGUAAAUGGCACCUUUGUGUUGAUUUUGGGGGGGGAAUCUGUGGAAUGGAUUCCUGAAAUGGAACUGAGCACUACACACUUAUUGUGAGAAAAAUACGUAAGCAUAAUAGCAAAAAUGUUUAAUAUAUGUUAAUUAUGCUACUGCUGCCAUUUUAAGAGUUUUAGAUACUCUUCUUUGCGCUGUGCCAAAGAACACUGCUUACCUGCAGUAAAAUCACUGUAACGUCCUGCCUUUAGUGGCUUAUUGCUUUAAAGAAGGACAAUAUCGAACACAACUGAUGAGAGGAAAUCAUAUUAAGAAUAGACUUAUUUUUGUUAUUUUAGCUUGUGCCAACAGUUGUUACAGCAUUAUUAUAAUAUUGCUGAUAUUGAUGAUAUGUUCUUAUACCACCUUUUUAAAUAUACUGCUGAAAUUGCUUACUUUUUUGCAUUGAUAGAAGUGUAAAAAAAUUGUACUUCUACUUGUCUUGAAUAUUUAAAAUUGUUGCAACUUUUAUGUUUACCUCACUACAUUUUUUUCAGAUAAAUAUUUUUUUAUUCUGAUAGGUUCUGAUUGUCUCAUUAAUCAUCACCCUGAUUAAAAUGUCUCAGUAUUUGCAAAAAUAGCAUAUACCAAGACUACAUUUAUUUGAUCAAAAAUACAAUAAAAACAGUACUACUGUGAAAUAUUAUUUUAGUUUAAAAUAAGAUUUCUAUUUUAUGUAUAUUUAGGGACCCUACUGGAAUUGCUCAGAUUCGCCUUCUUCUUCUUCUUCUUCUUCUUCUUCUUCUCCAAAAUGAAUUGCAUUUUUGAGGGCCUAAACUUGUUAGAAAACUCAUGACACUUUGCACACAUGCCAAAAGUGGUGAAAAUUUACAUCUGAUAUUGAUUUCAGUAGAGGGUGUGGCAAAAUGGCUUGAUAGCACCACCAAAUUUUAACAAAGUGCCCCUCAAGCUAUGUUUCACAUACAUGUACAAAAUUCGGUAGACACAUGUAACACCAAUACCUACAAAUAAGUCCCCCUGUACGAAGUCCGAAACCCAACAGGAAGUCUGUUAUUUUUUAUUUUCUCAGCAAGUUUUGUUGUAUUUAAAUGAACUUCCUAGAGAUUUAAACAGAUCUGCACCAAAUUUGGUCCAUCUAAUCUAAAGCCCUUUGUGACGUUAAAUUGCGAAGAUCUUGAGUUUCUUGAGUAUCAAACUCAUGUUUGAUAAGAGUCCUGUGCUGAACACAUGCCCAUGACCAUAUUCAGUUAUAGUCAUAGCGCCACCUGCUGGCAACAGGAAGUGACAUGUUUUACGCUGUAACAAACUCCUAGAAAGUUAAUGAAAAUAACAUUAUAUUUGGUCAGUCUACUCUUAAGGCCUUUGUAAUGUUAAAUUGAGAAGAUCUUGAGUUUUUGUUUAAAGGAUCAUGAAACCCCCCUGUUUCAGCACUGAUUAGUUCUCACCAUAGUUUUGAAAAAUGCUGCAAAAGUGGGCGUGGUGUGCCACGGAGCGGAGGGCGAAGAGGGAAGAGAGUCAAUUUCGAGUUCAGACAGUUUCAUUUCGCUCCCAUUGAGUUAACAACACAAAUAAAUGCACAGCCAUUUGCACUCUGCAUCAAAAACAUAUAUGAACGUGAUGUUGCACCUCUAUUAACUUUUAAGGCUUAUUUUGCAGCAUUGAUAAUCCUUUUAAUACGUUGAGUUGUAAAAACCGCUAUUACACUCUCCUUAUAAAUGAAUCGCGUUUGUGCCGAACUCUACUUACAAAGCAAACCAAAACAGUCUCUGCUAACAUUGUCAUACAUGAAGUGCAACACAAACACCUCUGCUCAAAUCUCAGAAAAAGUAGUCUGGGGUUUCAUGAACCUUUAAGAGCGUGUCCGUGAUGGUUUGACACAGUUCGAUGUUUCGCCAUGGGAAUAGAAGAUGUUGUAGCUCAGCCCUACAAUAUUCGAUCUGCCCCAAACUUCACACGUUCAAACACAUUUAAAGGCCAAUAUUCUUUUAUAAUCAUAGGGCCACCUGCUAGCAACAGGAAAUUACUUGUUUUACAUCUUAAGCAUGCAAUGUCUAAUUUGCACCAAACUUUACGUUUUCUAAGAGUCGUGGCCUGAAGAUAUCUAAAGAGCAAUAUUCAGUUAUAAUCAUAGCACCAACUGUUGGCAACAGGAUACGUCAUGCUUUGCACUAACUUAAACAUACCAUGUUCAGUCUGCACCAAACUUCAUAUGUUUUAUAAAAGUGCUGGCCUGAAGACAUCUACAUGCCAAUAUAGUGCCACCAUAUGGUAGCAGGAAGUUCGGCACAUAUAAAAGAUUUCCUUCUAUAUUUACCACUUUAAAUGCAUGUUGCCCACCGUUCGCUUUUUUCUAAAGCCACCGGGUGGUGGUGAGCCCAGGUGUGAGGGCCCUUUCAACACUGCUUGUAGCUUUAAUUUAAAAUGUAAUUAGUUCCUGUCUUCAGCGUCACAUGAUCCUUCAGAAAUAAUUUCUCAAAGUCAUUUCAAGAAACUUAUUUUAAUAAGAAACAAUAAAAAACUUAUUACUAAUUUAUCAUCAUCAAAAUUGAAAAAAAAGUUGUGCUGCUAAAUGUGUCAGGAUUCUUUGAUGAAUGGACAUUUCAAAAUAAUAGCAUUUGUUCAAAAUAAAAAUAUUUUGUAACAUUAUAAAUAU